AUGUGGAGCUUUCUCAAGAACAUGCACUUGGCCAAGCUUUUCUCUUACCACAUGGAAUCCUACAAGGAGCUCACUUCUUGGAAUCUUGUUUGGGUUCAACUAUGGAGAGGGACCAAGUGGAACUUCAAGGAAAAGGAACUCCAAAGGGUUUGGGCUACAAUCGCUGAUGGAGUGUACUCUUCCUCAAGGUCCAAGGCAGCUCAGAUCAGGAGCCCAGUCUUGAGGUAUGUGCACAAGGCACUUGCCAACACCUUCUUUGCAAGGAAGGCGACCGGGACAAUCAACGAGGGGGAACUCAAGUUUCUUGACAUGGGAAUCAAGCCCAUUCUCUCACGCACAAGCGAUGGCAAGAGGAUCAGGGGAGAUAGAUCUGACACAGGGAACUUGAUGCCCUUCCUUGACCAUCUCCUUACCUACAAGAUCACAGCCUACAACACUAGGCAUCAACGAGGAGGCGCUAAGUGUUGGAGGGCUCAUCACACCUAUCUUGUGUGCUGCUGGAGUGAACCCAACUGA